UUUUGGAAGUAAAAUAUCUCAUAUAUUCAUAUAGAGAGUACAUAUAUAUUACAUACAGACUGUAUUUAAAAUCCGGAUUAUUUUCCUUAAGAUUUGGCAACAUUUAUACAAAAAAAAAACUCUAAAGCGUAUUCUAUUUGGAGGUUUUACACCUGACAUAGUGAAUUGCUAAAGUCAAUCAAAUACCUAAAAACCGUUGACCAAAACAAAGACUUCCAACAAAGACAUUGCUUUUUGUUAUGUUAAUCUCGCUGUCAUUGAUCAUUUCUAGAGUCUUCAUUGUUGUCAUCAAUCAUAAUUAACUGUUUUUUCUUUUAAAGUCGUGUCUCUCUCUUGGGGGAGAGAUAUCCACAAUACUAGUAGUAUAAUUAAACAAGGGUUGAUUACUUCUUCAUUUUCUGGGUUUGCGUUUAAAGUCUUCAUUAAUUCUUACAACGUAAGUUUAAACUCAAAACUCAAUGCAAUGUUAUAAAGUAAAGAGGCUUUGGUAAUGCGACUGCUAGAAUACAAAGAGGGUUUUAAUUCUCAGGUCUUAGUCGUCGUCUGUCUCUCAUCCACUUUUAAAAGGCAUCUACUUUUUUGUGAUUCAUAUUGAAUCUUUUCCCUUUUUUAUUCAAAAAUUGAAUCUUUUUUUUUUAAUUGUUCCAGAAUCUGCCCUGAAAAUAGUUUUCUUUUGGUAAAACCCUAUUGGGAUUAACAUAAUCUCGAUGCAAUUGUGUUCGUGUUGAGCAGUGUGGCUCCUUCUUCUUCAGGGUAGGAAGCAAAUUGGUGAAAAGUUUCCUGUUUUGGAAAGGUUUGAUUUGUCUUCUUCUUCUUCUUUGGAAAGUGGCCUUCUUCAAGGGGGUUUUAGCACUCGGUGAAAGUUUCCUGCUUUUUGGAAGGUUUUGCUUUUGGAAUCUAUGUUUGGAGGUGUCUUUUCUGUGCCUGUGAACAAUCCUCACUUGCGCAAAUCUGGAAGUAGGCUCAUCAUCGCUAAUCUUGGAGAGAAUGACUUGAAGAACUCAAGUAUGCAACUAGGUACAAUUGCGAAACUGCGAAGCCCUUUACUCCUUAGCAGCCUCAAGGUUGCUCUGUAUGUUGGUGGUCUUUAUGUUUGUGGAAAGAUUGGAUGGGAAUCUGUAAUGAAAAUGGGACAAGACACAAGAGAACUGUUCUUCUAUGAAACCUUUCUGUAUUAUAACCCUCUCCUUCUCAUUACAAUGAUGGUUUGGCUCUGGGGUGUUAACUUGUGGGUGUUUUCUCGAACUGGAGUCGAUUACGCAGCGAUAUUUUAUCUAGGACCAGAUCAUCUUAGUCACAAAGAGAUAUGGAAGUGUGCUAGGUGGAUGACGACGAUAAUAUUAACUAGCAUGACUGCGUAUCUGUAUCUGUACUCGCAUGGAGAUGUGUCCUUGGCUGCUUCUCAACCAAUUGUUUUGUAUCUCUCUGCUGUGAUCAUUCUCAUCAUCCCUUUCGAUAUCUUCUACAUGUCCUCUCGUUACUACUUGCUAUGGACUUUUUGGCGCAUUCUCUUCCCUGUUCAGACGGUGUCGUUUUCAGACUUCUUCCUAGCUGAUAUCCUUACUUCUUUGUCAAAGGUAACACAAACUUUUUAUAAUAUCUAUGAUGUUUUGAAUCCAGUUUCUGAACAAGACAAAGUUUAUGCGCAGGUUCUGUCUGAUUUGGAGCGUUCAGUAUGUCGUAUGGUCCAUAGACAGGUAGCUACUGUUGCAUGGUUUGAAGCAGAUUCGGUUUGUGGGAGUCAUUCAGCUGUGAUUCCCUUGGUUCUUGUCCUACCUUAUCUUUUCCGCCUGUUCCAAUGCAUUCGCCAGUACAAAGAUAGCAAAGACAUUGCAAACAUCUGGAAUGCUGGGAAGUAUUUAACGGCAGUGCCAGUCAUCUUUCUGUCAGCACUCAAGUAUUUUAUCGAUCAGGAUACAUGGACUUACUCCAUUCAACCUGCUUGGAUCCUCUCUGGUCUAGCCAACACUUUCUUCUCCUUCUUUUGGGAUGUUUUACGCGAUUGGGAUCUAAGUGUCUUCACUCGGAUUUUCAAAUUCACCAAACCAAAUCUUUGCUCCCAUCUUCUCUAUGGACGCCGUUGGGUGUAUGUUUGGGUGAUUGGAAGCAAUCUAGUACUAAGGUGGACAUGGACGUACAAGCUAUCAGCUCAUCUCCGUAACAACUACAUCACGGUCUUCAUCAUCACUCUUCUGGAGAUUUACAGGCGGUUCCAGUGGGCGUUUUUCCGUAUAGAGAACGUGUGGUACAAGAUCAACAACCCCAAGCGUACUACUUCUCAUCAGACGAAUCCUGUUUCACUCCAAAACGAUAACGGUGGCGAACAGGAGAAGUUACUCGCACAUAGUCACAGCCUCGGUGUAUAAGAAGAAUGCCACAGGUUUUCUUGUUUCUUUGCUGAGGUUUAUGAAACAAGUUUUGAACAACAAGCACAUACAAAGUACGCUUUCUUUUGUACUUUAUAACUUGUAACUUCUAUUACAGAGAAAUAGAGAGAAAGAGAGACUGACUCUCUAAUAUACAGAAAGAUGUGUAACUUUUAUAGACUACUGGAAUAAUAUAAACAUUACCUGUUUUGUGAACUUAAAA